AUUAUGGUCUGUCGGCCCGACCUGUCUCCUUGACAACGGCAGUUGCUAGGGCCGGAAGAGGGGGGUAUUAUGGCCUGGCCGUUGUCAAGGCAACCUCGGGGAUAUUAUGGGAUGCUUGCUCCCUUUUUUCAUCCCCUUUUCUUUGUGUGUGGGUCUGGCGGGGGUGCUUGAUCCUUCGGUACUGAGAACGGAGAAGCCAUUUUAUAACGCUGUGAGGAGCUAUACUGUACAAAUACAACGACAUUUGACCUGAUAUUAGGAUCGACCCAACGAAAAUAAACACAGGACAUAGUCGGCGAACUGCGGCAACCGGCUUAUAUAUAAAUAUAUAUCUAUAUAUGUAUAUAUGCAAGGCCGCUGAACAUACAAAACAUUUGGAUAAUAAUAGUUUUGUUAAGAACAACCUUUGGAUAUAUUUUGCAUUAGUUUGCUUAGAAUAAGAUUUUUAAGGCGGUAUUUAUGUGUGUGUGUUGCUUAUAACCACGCUUCACUUGAUCCUUCCCUCUCGAACCGGCAUAGUGGAGUACGGACCGAAGCAGACAAAGGACACCCCUUGACAAAAAUAGAAAAUGUCGGGCAGCGAAGAUGAUAUGCCAGAGUUUGGUGAAAACGAAGACCGCUCUCUGCUUCAAGAUAAUGACGAGGAUUUAGAUGAGGACCUCUCUGAAAGUGAUACCCCGAAACCCAAGAAGAAAAAGAAACCCAAGAAACAGAGCAAGACCCCCAAAUCCAAACGAGGGAAAAAGGAGGAUAUGGACGCCAGCUCCCCCGAAGCGGGUGACUUUAUGGUGGAGGAUGACAAGGAGGCCCGAUCGGAGAGUGAAGGGAGUGAUUACACCCCUGGGAAGAAGAAGAAGAAGCAGCGACUGAGCGCCAGGAAGGAGAAGAAGGCGGGAGGAGGAGGAGGGCUGGGGGCAACGCUGGCGGGCAGCGGGAGCAGCAAGGCUAAGAGGAAGGAGCCGGAGCCGGAGGAGGAGGAGGAGGAAGAGGAGGAGGAAGACGAUGAUGACGACUCAAAGGAGCCCAAGACCUCCGCUCAGCUCCUGCAGGACUGGGGGAUGCAAGAUAUUGACCACGUCUUCUCCGAGGAGGACUAUCGAACCCUCACCAACUACAAGGCCUUCAGCCAGUUUGUGAGGCCUCUAAUUGCUGCCAAGAACCCGAAGAUCGCCGUGUCGAAGAUGAUGAUGGUCUUGGGUGCGAAGUGGCGUGAGUUCAGUACCAACAAUCCCCUGAGGGGGAGCUCUGGAGCCUCGGCCGCUGCUGCAGCCGCUGCUGUGGCUGCAGUCGUGGAGAGCAUGGUGGCAAAUCAGGAGGGAGGGGUUGGGGCUUCUGCCCCCAGCAGCACAGUGCCCCCUGCAGCUCCGGCUGAGGCACUGCCGCCGGUACGCAAAGCGAAGACCAAGGAGGGCAAAGGCCCAAAUGCUCGGCGCAAGACGAAAACAGCCCCCAAAGCUCCCGAGAAGAAGAGCAAAGCCAAGAAGGUGGCUCCCCUGAAAAUAAAAUUGGGAGGGUUUGGAAGCAAGCGCAAGAGAUCAUCUAGCGAGGAGGAUGAUCUCGAUGUGGACUCUGACUUUGAUGACGGCAGCAUGAACAGCUACUCUGUCUCGGAUGGAUCCGCCAGCCGCAGCAGCAGGGGACGCCGCAAAGCCAAGGCAACGCGCAAGAAAAAGAAAGGAGAUGAGGAUGCUGAUGGCUAUGAGACUGAUCACCAGGAUUACUGUGAAGUGUGCCAGCAGGGCGGAGAGAUCAUCCUAUGCGACACCUGUCCUCGAGCCUACCACAUGGUCUGCCUGGACCCCGACAUGGAGAAAGCCCCCGAGGGCAAGUGGAGCUGCCCCCACUGUGAAAAGGAAGGGGUGCAGUGGGAGGCGAAAGAGGACGUGUCGGAAGCGGAGGAGGAUGUGGAGGAAGCCGCCGUGGAGGAAGACGAUCACCAUAUGGAGUUCUGCAGGGUGUGCAAGGACGGGGGGGAGUUGCUGUGCUGCGACACCUGCCCCUCCUCCUACCACAUUCACUGCCUCAACCCGCCCCUGCCGGAGAUACCCAACGGGGAGUGGGUGUGUCCUCGCUGCACUUGCCUCCCAAUGAAGGGCAAGGUGCAAAAGAUCUUAACCUGGCGCUGGGGGGAGCCCCCCUCCCCCACCUCGGUCCCCAGGCCUGCCGGCUCUGGACUGGAUGCAUCCCAUCCGAAGCCUCUGCAGGGGCGCCCUGAGAGGGAGUUCUUCGUCAAGUGGAGCAACAUGUCCUACUGGCACAGCUCGUGGGUCUCUGAGCUGCAGUUGGAGCUGCACUGCCAGGUGAUGUUCAGGAAUUACCAACGUAAGAACGAUAUGGAUGAGCCGCCCCCUGUGGACUUCGGAUGCGAGGGGGACGAGGACAAGAGCACCAAGCGCAAGAACAAGGACCCCCUGUAUGCGGAGAUGGAAGAGCGCUUCUACCGCUUCGGUAUCAAGCCUGAGUGGAUGAUGAUCCAUAGGGUGCUCAACCACAGCAUCGAUAAGAAGAACAAUGUGCACUACCUGAUCAAGUGGAGGGAUCUAGCCUACGACCAGGCAACCUGGGAGUCCGAGGACAUGGAAAUCCCGGAGUACGACUCCUUCAAGCAGAGUUACUGGCACCACAGAGAGCUGAUGAUGGGGGAGGAUGGGCGCCCCGGGAAGAAGGUGAAGCUGAAAGGGAAGCUGAAGAAGCUGGAUCGACCCCCGGAGAACCCUGUAGUGGAUCCCACGAUCAAGUUCGACCGGCAGCCGGAUUACUUGGACUCCACGGGGGGCACGCUGCACGGGUACCAGCUGGAGGGGCUGAACUGGCUGCGCUUCUCCUGGGCUCAGGGCACCGACACCAUCCUGGCAGACGAGAUGGGGCUGGGCAAAACUGUGCAGACCGCAGUGUUCCUGUCCUCGCUGUACAAGGAGGGUCACUCAAAGGGGCCCUUCCUUGUUAGCGCCCCUCUCUCUACCAUUAUAAACUGGGAGCGCGAGUUUGAGUUGUGGGCGCCUGAAUUGUACGUAGUCACGUAUGUGGGAGACAAGGACAGCCGAGCCGUGAUCCGUGAGAACGAGUUCUCCUUUGAGGACAACGCAAUCCGAGGGGGAAAGAAGGCGUCCAGGAUGAAGAAAGAGGCGUCUGUGAAGUUUCAUGUGCUUCUUACCUCCUAUGAGCUGAUCACCAUCGACAUGGCCAUACUGGGAUCCAUCAACUGGGCAGCACUGGUGGUGGACGAGGCCCACAGGCUCAAGAACAACCAGUCCAAGUUUUUCCGUGUGCUGAAUAACUACCCUUUGCAACACAAGCUGCUUCUCACAGGAACCCCCCUGCAGAAUAACCUAGAGGAGCUUUUCCACCUGCUCAACUUCCUCACCCCAGAGAGGUUCAAUAACCUGGAGGGCUUCCUGGAGGAGUUUGCUGACAUUGCAAAGGAGGAUCAAAUCAAGAAGCUGCAUGACAUGCUUGGGCCCCACAUGCUGAGGAGGCUGAAGGCCGACGUCUUCAAGAACAUGCCAUCCAAGACAGAGUUGAUCGUCAGGGUGGAGCUGAGCCCUAUGCAGAAGAAGUACUACAAGUUCAUCCUGACCAGGAAUUUCGAUGCUCUGAACACCAGGGGCGGGGGCAAUCAGGUCUCCCUGCUCAACGUGGUGAUGGACCUCAAGAAGUGCUGCAACCACCCCUACCUCUUCCCAGUUGCAGCAAUGGAGGCCCCAAAGAUGCCAAAUGGAAUGUACGAUGGCAGCACACUCACCAAGGCUGCCGGGAAGCUGUUCCUGCUGCAGAAGAUGCUGCGAAAACUGAAGGAAGGCGGACACAGAGUGCUGAUCUUUUCACAGAUGACAAAGAUGCUAGAUUUGCUGGAGGAUUUCCUGGAACACGAGGGGUACAAGUACGAACGCAUCGAUGGAGGAAUCACAGGGGGCAUGAGGCAGGAGGCCAUUGACAGGUUCAAUGCCCCAGGCGCCCCUCAGUUCUGCUUCCUGCUGUCGACCCGUGCCGGAGGUUUGGGGAUCAAUCUGGCCACUGCUGACACUGUGGUGAUCUACGACUCUGACUGGAACCCACACAACGAUAUCCAGGCAUUCAGCCGUGCUCACCGUAUCGGGCAGAACAGGAAGGUGAUGAUCUACCGCUUCGUGACGAAGGCCUCGGUUGAGGAGCGCAUCACGCAGGUGGCCAAGAAGAAGAUGAUGCUGACCCACCUGGUGGUGCGGCCCGGCCUGGGCUCAAAGACCGGCUCCAUGUCUAAGCAGGAGCUUGACGACAUCCUUAAGUUCGGCACGGAGGAGCUGUUCAAGGACGAGUUUGGGGAGGGAGAGAACAAGGAGGGCGAGGACAGCAGUGUGAUCCACUAUGAUGACAAAGCCAUCGACCGGCUGCUGGACCGCAACCAGGACGCUACGGACGACACAGAGAUCCAGAGUAUGAAUGAGUACCUGAGCUCCUUCAAAGUGGCACAGUACGUUGUGAAGGAUGAGGAGGAGGCGGAGGAGGAGGAGGUUCAGCGUGAGAUCAUUAAGCAGGAGGAGAGUGUGGACCCAGAUUACUGGGAGAAGCUGCUGAGGCAUCACUAUGAGCAGCAGCAGCAGGAUCUGGCCAGGAACCUGGGCAAAGGCAAGAGGGUGAGGAAGCAGGUCAACUACAAUGAUGGCUCCCAAGAGGACAGAGACUGGCAGGACGAUCAGUCAGACAACCAAUCGGAUUACUCUGUGGCGUCGGAGGAAGGUGAUGAGGACUUUGACGAGCGAACAGAAAACGCUCGUCGGCCGAGCAGGAAGGGUCUCCGGAAUGACAAGGACAAGCCGCUACCACCCCUGCUGGCUCGAGUGGGGGGCAACAUUGAGGUGCUGGGAUUCAAUGCUCGGCAGCGCAAGGCCUUCCUGAACGCCAUCAUGCGCUAUGGCAUGCCCCCGCAGGACGCCUUCACCACGCAGUGGCUUGUCAGGGACCUCCGCGGCAAAUCGGAGAAGGAGUUCAAAGCGUACGUGUCCCUGUUCAUGCGUCAUCUUUGUGAGCCGGGUGCGGAUGGAGCGGAGACCUUUGCCGACGGGGUCCCACGGGAGGGUCUUUCCCGCCAGCACGUGCUGACCAGGAUUGGGGUCAUGUCCCUUAUCCGUAAGAAGGUUCAAGAGUUCGAGCACGUGAACGGUCAACGGAGCUCAUGCGCUGAGCUUAUCAAGAGGCCGGACUUGAAUUAGGAGAACAAGAGAUCCUGAGACCAGAUCUCCCCCACCCCCAAAACCCCCACCCCCAGCACCCCCCUGGAGACACGCAGCCCAACACACCUGCCACCACAGCCUCCAGCACAGCCUCUUCCACACAGCACCUCGGCCAACAUGUUCAUCUCUCUUCUUUCCACAGAGGAGUCUAUGAAAACAGAGGAAGUGGGGAAGGAGAUGGAAGGCAAGGAAUCUCCUGCAAAGCCAGAGGAGCAGGCUGAGGAGUCUAAAGCCUCAGAAGGGGAACUUAAGGCCGCUGAGCAAUCUGAGAAACCUCCAAAUGAAGAGCGUAAGGAUGGGGAGAAGGAGAAUGAAAUAAAGGAGAGGAAAGCCCAAGAGGGGGAGGUUGUCAAAGGUGACGGUUCAGAAGGCAAGGAGAAAGCAGAGGAGCCGAUGGAAACAGACGCAGUGGAAGAGAAGGAGGAAAAGCAGCUCCCUGUUGAAAAGAUGGACAUCAGCCCUGCUGUAGACAUGAAGAAAGAACAAAAGGAUGAGAAGCCAGAGGCUGAGAAGGGAGCAGGGGGAAUGUUGGCAGCGGAAUCGAAGCUGCAGAACGGAGAGCUGGCGAAGGAGCCGAGCGAGGAGAAGAAGAGAGCCAUGAAGCAGCGGUUCAUGUUCAACAUUGCCGACGGGGGCUUCACAGAACUGCACUCGCUGUGGCAAAAUGAAGAGCGCGCCGCCACUGUCACUAAAAAGACCUACGAGAUCUGGCACCGUCGCCAUGACUACUGGCUGCUCGCUGGCAUCAUCAAUCACGGCUACGCUCGCUGGCAGGACAUUCAGAAUGACCCCAAGUACGGGAUCCUGAACGAGCCCUUCAAGGGCGAGAUGAACCGGGGCAACUUCCUGGAGAUCAAGAACAAGUUCCUGGCACGCAGGUUCAAGCUGUUGGAGCAGGCCCUUGUGAUUGAGGAGCAGCUGCGGCGCGCUGCCUACCUCAACAUGUCGGAGGACCCCUCCCACCCCUCCAUGGCUCUCAACACCAGGUUUGCGGAGGUAGAGUGUCUGGCAGAGUCCCACCAGCACCUGUCCAAGGAGUCCAUGGCAGGGAACAAGCCGGCUAAUGCAGUCUUGCACAAAGUUCUUAAGCAGUUGGAGGAGUUACUAAGCGAUAUGAAGGCUGAUGUGACCCGUCUCCCAGCAACCAUCGCCAGGAUUCCUCCCGUUGCCGUGAGACUGCAGAUGUCGGAGAGGAACAUCCUCAGCCGAUUGGCCAGCCGGGGAACCGAGCCACAGCCACAGCAGGUAAAAUUCAAAGAAUAGAGAAUAAAAACAAUG